AUGUCAAAAGAAACAAAGAGAGAAAGCAUUAAUGAUAAUCUUGAAAUGAUUUUAUCAUGUAAACAAGUUCGAAAAUUACUCAGUAAAUUUAGUUUUGAUUAUUAUGAAAUAAGAUUGUGGAAAGAUCAAAUUGAGAUUCCUAUUGGAGUUUCAAUGGAACCCUUUGUUAUACGUGAAGUUAUUCUUCAUGGUUUGUACUUUCAACAUUUAAAAUUGUACCCAGAGUUUGAAUGUAAAAAAGGACAAAUACCUAGCUGGGUAAAUGAAAGAGCUGCAUCUGUUGAACCCGGAAAACUCAUACCUGGAAUCACUAAGCGUUAUCCAGAUCAUAUAAUCAUCUAUAAAGUCCAAAAGCCUCCCAAAUAUAGGGAUCAAACUACAAUGCUUGAACCACUAAAAAUUAAACCAAAUCAGCGUUUCCUAUAUCAUGGAGUUCGUACCUCAAUUAUCAUUCCUUUUUUUAUUGCAUAUGCAAGACCAUAUUCCAACGCAAUAAAUAAUGAAUUUGGCCCUGGCAUUUAUUGUACACCAAAUUUUGACGUUGCUGUUGAAUAUUCUGGAAGAAAUGGUGCUAUUUUUGUAUAUGAUUGGUCAGAUUCAGGAGGUGAUAGUAUUACCACAAAGACUCUAAGUGGUAAAGAAUGGGCAGAUACAGUUAAGGGUCAUAUCUGUAUUGCAGACAUUACAAGGCCAAGUCCACCAUUACAUGAAGAAGAUAUUAUUCAAGGACCUAUUACUAGUAAUAACAAUAGUAUUUAUUAUCAUUAUUGUAAUCCAAUUCAAUCAGAAAAAUUCCAAAUUGUUGCAACAACCGAUAAUGGUAUGAAUGCAUUGGCAUCACGUUUAUAUGGCAUAAUUUAUCUUUGUUAA